GGACACGGGGACGAGCAGAGAUGGUGAGGGCGAACAGGCGGGUCCUUCAUCCAUCCGUCUCUUAAACAGGCUGUACAGCAGCGUCCAGGUCAUGUCCACUCUGUCACAGCAGCCAUGAGUCACAGGGAGGAGCCAGAGGAGGCGAGGUCUCAAGCCCCACCACCUCAUCGCGGUCGGCAGCCUAAUGGGACGCCCUUAGAUGGAGGAGGCCGUCCCAGGUGGAGGCCGUGCCAGCUGAACAGCCAGGAUGCACAGGGGAAUGCCCAUCAUCACCACCACCAUCACUACCACCAACAGUCCCACCAACACCAAUCUGGGUCUACCCGGGCACCACCACGCCAUCGCAGGAGACAUGUCCCGGGCCAGGCCCAGCGGAGGGUGAGCGAGAGCGGAGAUGCCGAGCCACGGCAAGGCCAGCAGCUCCGUCCAGGGGUGGCCAGGUACCGGCGGAGUGGGGAGAGGGGUCAUCAUCAGCAUAGAAGCAAACCACAACCCAGAGAGGGUAAUGGAGGUACAGCAGUGCAGCAGCCACUUGAUGUUCCGGAGACGGAUCAGGCAGUGGAUGCUUUAUCUCCUGAGGAAUCUUCACAGGAAUUGCUAAGCCCUUCUUCACAGGAGCUGCUGACUCCUUCUUCACAAGAGGUACUGACACCUUCUUCACAGGAGGAUCUAACUCCAUCACAAGAGGAGCUAACUCCCUCUCCACAGGAGGCACCAGUCGUUGAGGAGCAAGAUGGAAGCAGCCCAGGCCUACACUGUUCCUCCAGUACCGAGAGCAGCCUCCACACCCACACAGAGCAGACUGAGGACCUUCAGGGAGAGAGGGAGCAGGCGGAGGAAUGUGAAGGAGGUGGAGAUGAACAAGAAGUGGAGAAUAAUCAAGAAAAGACAGAGGAAGAGAUAGAUUCUCAUGAACAUGAGCAACCAUUUCAAGAAAAUAAGGACUGCUUAGCAGCCAGUGGUGGAUCAAAAGAUAACUUCCGCUCUCACAGCAGGAGGGCUGGACCCAUAAGAGUGGACGUGCCACCCUUUGCUGCGAUCCCUCUUCAACCAUUAGCCAUGCCUCAUUUCCAGCCUCAGCCUUUCUCUGAACCCCUCAGGAGUUACACCAUGGAGCCCAAAGCAGGCACUACCCAUUCCAGCCCAACCGGCAAAACUCCAGUCAGCACAGACGCAAAGCUUGAAUGUCGAUCUCGAGCUCACUCCUAUGAAGAACCUCUUCCAGAUUCCAGUCAAGAAGCCUACUCUUAUUCCUACCAACAACCAAACUCUGAAUCCUACCAGAUGACUCCAGCAGAGUCAUGCCGAGAAUCAUACCUCACAGAAUGCUGCCAGGAGCACUCUGAAGAACAGCAGACCAUUGAGAACAACCAGAAUGUGUCCUCCAUUGAGCCUAAACCCAAGUUCAGUCCACAAGAGGAGGCCAGACAGCUGGUUUCAGUUGGCUCCAGGCUGCACCACUAUGAUGAACAAUCUGGAGACGAAGGUAGCAGCCCAGAUAGAGGCAGCGUCCGGGUCAGGAACCACACAAGCUCCAAUAGUAGUUUUGAAGAACUUCAAGAGCUUCAGAAAGAACAGCCUCAGAUUGCUUCACCUUCACCUACCUUGGAUAAAAAAGAUUUCGUUGAGGAAAGGCCACCUGUGGCUCAAAGCCCAGUGCAAGGGUCCUCAAGGAUCUCUGGAGAUGCCAUCUCUCUGGCAAUAAAGGACAUCAAGGAGGCCAUCGAGGAGGUCAAGACUAAGACAGUGCGUUCUCCUUACACACCCGACAAACCCAAAGAACCGGUGUGGGUGAUGAGACGAGACGUCAGCCCGGUGGAGGAGUGCCACCCACAGCUCUAUUCACCAUCUCAGCUUUCUUCUCCACAGUACAAGGCUCCGGUCGCAGAUCCCAUAGCCCCUCUGGGAGCGGAAUCUUCCAGAACACAUCAGUACCAGGAUUUAGAUGUCAUUCCCAGUUUACCACCUGCUGAGGAGCUUAGGCGAAAUUUGGCUGCCUUUCCUACAUACGUUGAUGUUCCAGGACCGUGUGAUCCAGAGGAUUUAAUUGAUGGCAUCAUAUUUGCGGCUAGUUACCUGGGCUCCACUCAGCUGCUGUCAGAGCGAACGCCCACGAAGAGUGCCCGCAUGCAGCAGGCCCAGGAGGCCAUGAACCGUGUCCGGGCAGCCCAGAAACAGGCCCAAAACAGACAAAAGCAGGGGGCUGAGGGCGAGGCUCCAUCUGCCAUUGAGGUGGACCUUUUCAUGUCCACUCAGAGGAUUAAAGUGCUCAACGCUGACACACAGGAGACCAUGAUGGACCAUCCUCUGAGGACCAUCUCAUACAUAGCGGACAUUGGGAACAUGGUGGUCCUGAUGGCUCGCAGGAAGAUGGUCAGGUCCCGCAGCACUCAGGAGCACCUGGACACAGCAGACGUUCAUCACUCAAACCCAGCACGGGACGAGCGCCAUCAGUACAGGAUGGUCUGCCAUGUCUUUGAGUCAGAGGACGCUCAGUUAAUAGCCCAGUCCAUUGGUCAGGCCUUCAGUGUGGCAUAUCAGGAGUUUCUGCGGGCGAACGGUAUUGACCCUGAGGAUCUGAGCCAGAGAGAGUACAGUGACCUGCUCAACACUCAGGAUAUGUACAACGAUGACCUCAUCCACUUCUCCAAGUCUGAGAACUGCAGAGAUGUGUACAUAGAGAAACAGAAGGGGGAGAUUCUUGGAGUGGUCAUCGUGGAGUCUGGCUGGGGUUCCAUCCUGCCCACUGUCAUCAUCGCUAGCCUAAUGCAUGCUGGGCCAGCAGCUAAAUCAGGACGCCUCAACAUCGGAGAUCAGAUCAUGACGGUGAAUGGCACCAGCCUGGUGGGCCUGCCACUGUCCACAUGCCAGAGCAUCAUCAAAGGGCUGAAGUCUCAAUCCAGGAUUAAAAUGAACAUUGUCCGGUGUCCUCCGGUCACCAUGGUCCUCAUCCGCAGACCCGACCUCCGCUACCAGCUUGGUUUCAGUGUGCAGAAUGGCAUUAUUUGCAGUCUCAUGAGAGGAGGUAUAGCUGAGAGGGGUGGAGUCAGAGUGGGUCAUCGCAUCAUCGAGAUCAACGGCCAGAGUGUGGUGGCCACCCCUCAUGAAAAGAUUGUUCAUAUUCUGUCAAAUGCAGUUGGAGAGAUCCAUAUGAAGACCAUGCCUGCUGCCAUGUACCGUCUGCUGACCGCGCAGGAGCAGCCUGUCUAUAUCUGAAAGACACUGACAGCGCAAAUGCCAGGGCUACAUUUCACUCACAUCUGUUCAUUUAAAUGUGGAAUAUUUAUGUGAUUGUUUACAUAUUUAUUACACUGGAUGUAAAUCUUUUUU